GUCUUGAGGCGAGAGGCGGGGUACACCCUGGACUGGUGGCCAGCCAAUCACAGGGCACAUAUAGACAAACAACCAUUCACACUCACAUUCAUACCUAUGGACAAUUUGGAGUCGCUAAUUAACCUAGCAUGUUUUUUUUUUUUUGGAAUGUGGGAGGAAACCGGAGUACCCGGAGAAAAACCCACGCAUGCAACAUGCAAACUCCACACAGAGAUGGCCGAGGGUGGAAUUGAACACUGGUCUCCUAGCUGUGAGGUCUGCGGGCUAACCACUCGACCGCCGUGCCGCCCUAAAUAAAAUAAUUUAACUAAUUCAUUCAUUCAUUUUCUACCGCUUUUUCCUCACGAGGGUUGCGGGGGUGCUGGAGCCUAUCCCAGCUGUCUUUGGGCGAGAGGCGGGGUACACCCUGGACUGGUGGCCAGCCAAUCACAGGGCACAUAUAGACAAACAACCAUUCACACUCACAUUCAUACCUAUGGACAAUUUGGAGUCGCUAAUUAACCUAGCAUGUUUUUUUUUUUUUGGAAUGUGGGAGGAAACCGGAGUACCCGGAGAAAACAGGGAAAACAUGCAAACUCCACAGAGAUGGCCGAGGGUGGAAUCGAGCUUGGGUCUCCUCGCUGUGAGGUCUGCGCACUAACCACUCAACCGCCGUGCCGCCCCAGAAGAUUAUUCAUUCAUUCAUUUUCUACCGCUUAUCCUCACGAGGGUCGCAGGGGGGUGCUGGAGCCUAUCCCAGCUGUCUUCAUGCGAGCCAGCCAAUCACAUGGCACAUAUAGACAAACAACCAUUCACACUCACAUUCAUACCUAUGGACAAUUUGGAGUCACUAAUUAUUCAUUAAUUUUCUACUGCUUAUCCUCACGAGGGUUGCGGGGGUGCUGGAGCCUAUCCCAGCUGUCUUGGGACGAGAGGCGGGGUACACCCUGGACUGGUGGCCAGCCAAUCACAGGGCACAUAUAGACAAACAACCAUUCACACUCACAUUCAUACCUAUGGACAAUUUGGAGUCGCUAAUUAACCUAGCAUGUUUUUUUUUGGAAUGUGGGAGGAAACCGGAGUAUGCAAACUCCACACAGAGAUGCCCGAGGGUGGAAUUGAACCCUGGUCUCCUAGCUGUGAGGAUGCACGUUUUAAGUUGAAUUAAUUAAGUUGAGUGAUGAUUAAUCUUUAAAAAUGAAUUAUUGUAUUAUUUUCAUGUGUAGGGAUGAUGUUGAAGUACUACAAAAGUCCUAACGUUGCGAUGAGCUGCUGCGUCACUGCAGCCGUUAGAUUCCCUUUUUCAGCGUGUGUGUGUGUGUGUGUGUGUUGUGUUCGAGGGUUAGAAAUGUGUCACAUGACUCAGACGCCGACGCGCCCGGGUAAAAUGAAGGCACCAUGACGCGGAUGAUGAAGCCAAAUAAUCAACAUGUGUUUCCUGCUUCACCCCCCCCUCUUUUUUUUCAUUGGUCCUCCAUUGUCACAUGACCUAUGCUCCACUUCUCUUUCCUUCCCUUUGGAUGGCUCGGGCUGCGCUGUUUCGCUUUGGGAUUGACGCUGAUCUCUUGUAUGAAAAAAAAAAUACGGCAACAGAGAUGCAGAUAACGUACAUUUCGUCAGGAUCGGAGUCUGGCGGAACAUUGAAGCCAUAAGCUUGACGGACGCCGAGAGAGGAACGCAGCCUGUAGAAAACAAGAGAGCGAGAGAGGCUAAGAGGGACUGAGAAAGCCCGUAGUAUGGAGAGGAAGUCAGUUCCGCGGAAUAGUGUUGAAGUUGGAAAAUCCUGGGUAAUGUCAAAGAAUUGAACGCUACGCAGCAGCUGUACGGAGGAGGCGGCCAUUUUUUUUUUUCUGAUUCACCUGAAAGGGAAACUCCAGCGACAGUGACAGUGAGGCCAGUCAGCCAUGGAAAAACGUUGGGUCGAUGAUAAGCGAGGUUAGGAGGAGGCGACAACUCAAGGGUUACGUUACAUGUUAGCGUAGUGAACAGGACAGGAGGUUCGAGUUCUUGGAAUGGCGGUCUUCUUCUUGACGUAGUCCAUUACUAUUUUUCCUUCUCGCUGAUGCCAACGUGUCAUUCCCGUGUUUUUCCAUAUCGUGUAUUUUUCCCUUUUACUUGACUGAAAAGAUGACAUCGCAAACCUCCCACUUUGUCGUUCUCCUUUUCAAUCUCGGGAGAAAAGAGCGGGCAACACAACAACAACAACAACAACAACCUCGCUGCCACUAUGCGGUGUGGAGCUACUGCCCCCCGGGUAAGACCGAAAGCGAAGGAAAACCGGCGCAGAUGGAAGAACCGAUGAAGCAACGGUUUAAAAAACAAGCGACGUUAACAUCGAAGUCACAAUGGACGCCUGAUAUGAACAGCCUAUAAGGAGAUUGGAGAUGGAACCGCUUCCUCAACAACUCUUUCUGUUCCUCGCACACUCCUCCAUUCCUAUCGUACGUGCACGCCGUGGCUCAGAUAAUGGCCUCUCACGCUGCACACACUGAAAAGAGAGAGAGAGAGAGAGAGCAGAUGAGAUGGAGGUAAAGGCAGCGUAAGAGGGAGGGGAAUAGAGAAAGAGAGAGAGAAAGGGGGGGGAGGGUGUCGACUGAAGAGAAGCCGACUGCAUGUGUAGCCGAGAGACGGAAAAGAAAGAAAGAAAGAAAAGGAUAUUGAAAAAAAGGGAGGAGAAAAGGAGAUAAUGAGAAAAGAACAGAAAGUGUCAGAAGAAAGAAUGAGGAACGUGCAAAGAUGCGUUAUUGACGCGCGACCAGCCACUCCAUCUGGCUGUAUGAAAUAAGGAAGGACGCUUUCAACGUCGCUCAAUGCUCCUCUCUGGGAGCCUCCUCCUCGCGGCUUUCUGCUCUCCAACCGCCAUACUGUUCACGAAGUCACUUCAUUGGAUGGCCCCAGAGGUGGAGGCCAGAUGGAAAUUGGGUCACAUGACCGCCUCCAGGAAGGCGCGCUGAGCCUGGAACUAUCCAAUGGCGUGAAUUGCUACCCUAACGAUAAUGAGUCAUCAAUGGACACGGAGCAGAAGAGGGCGGGAAGUGUACCCCCGAGGCAGUGCUGGGCGUCGGGGCACGGCGAUGACCAACGACAAGCAUCUUUGAACAGCAACAGUCAUGCAAACCCGAGUGAACCUGUCCACCAUGUGGAUAUGGAGGAUGCUCACAAUCUGGUCAAUUUUUCCGCCAUCGCGGGCACCUUACCUCCUUCUUCGUCCGCGUCCUGCCUCCAAGCGGAACCGGUGACGACACAACUGUAUGAGAAAUUCAUCCAGGAGAUGGGUGCUGACGGGGCUCGGAUCAAACACUCAGGGGCUCCGGACUCAAGCCACCGAUCUCUAGAAGAUAUGAACACACUGCAGACAGCGCUGAGCCAAGCAAAACAUGGUCACAAGCCUCCUAACUGUAACUGUGAUGGACCAGAUUGUCCCGACUACCUUGAGUGGCUGGAGAAGAAGAUUAAGUUGGCGACCGGUGAGGAUCAAAACACCAGCAAGAUGUCUAAUUCCACUCAUUUACAGCAGAAUCAGCCCUAUCUCCAAGCGAACGGGGGCGACCACCACUUGUCUUCUUCCUACCCUCAGCAGCAACAUCGGAAAAAAGUACCCUGCUCCAAACUUCCUCCGAUUCCCUGCUCACCCCAGGUGCUCUCUAUAGCCAAGGAAAGGAAUGUCAGUCUCCAGACAGCCAUCGCCAUAGAAGCCCUUACGCAGUUAUCUGCUGCUGGAACUCAAGGUGCUGGUCUUCCGGGUCAAGGUCUCUUUAAUAAUAACCUCCAGCAUCAUCAACACAGCCAGAACCUCCUAUCUCCUCCUCCGAAUGGCACUAACUUGAUUCCAUCCUCACGUUCUCAGUCCGUCCCUCCGGGAUUACACACUCACCAGGAGACGGCGGUGUCCUGUGAGCACCAUCGGCCCCAGUCACAGGGCCAACCCCCCCAUGCUUCUACCUCUCCUUUUCCAGGUCAAGGAAAUACUCAAGGUUUUGGCCAGAAUUCCCAACAGUGGCUGCAGUGCCCGAACAGAGGCUCCGAAGAUCAAAAAGCAUGGAUGCGUAUGAAUUCUGAUUCUCAUUACGCUGGUGCAACUCACGCUAGAUCAGACCUGAUGACUGAACUCAAACAGCUCCUGGGUGACACAAACGGAAAGUCCGACAACGCGUCUUUCAAACUUCCGGUCGCGCAACAGUUCAGCCAGAACGGAAACUUCCAAGCGCAGUCGGGUAUGCGCAGGAUAAAACAAGAGCCAGACUCGGGUGAGACUUACCAUCAUUCCGCCUCCGUGGCUAAUGGUCAGUUUCAGGCUCACCACUACGCCGGUACCCCGUUGUCUCCUGGGCAAGCGGCCAUCAGACACUCAACUCAGGCAGCUCUGCAACAGCACCUUCAUUACAAGAGGAACCUCUUCUCUAAUCACUCCUCUGGCUUCGGUGCUCCAAGUGCCCCUUGUCAAAACUUAAAAAAAUGGUGGCCGCAAAUGGAACCCAACGGUUUGACGCACCUGAACAUAAAACAGGAGCCCAAGGAACCCAAGAAGAAAAAAACUGCAUCCCCCGUCAUCAAAGCUAUGAUGCACCAGGCUCCCCCGCUUCCGAAACCCAAACAGAUUAUCAUCAAGAAGACCAAGCAAAAAGCUUCAGUGCCAACUUUCCUCCCCAAGACUCAAAUCACCACGGGCCCGGCCAACGCCCCGACCAGUCUGCAACCUGCAGGUUCACUGCCCCUGUUGCCCUCUCACAGUAACUCCUCUCAGGUGGCUUCCGCAGGCCUCCCUGCCCAAGCCCAAUCUCAGGUAUCCAUUCCCAACCUCUCAUCGCCUCCGUCUUUGACUGAUUCUGCUUUGUCGGGGAACGCUGCAUCUCUCAUGGAGUCUCCGCCCCCACCGAUGCCCCGUGUCACUCAUGCUAAACCGGAGGAAGUGCGUAGUUUAGCCUCUGCCAACACUGCCUCAAAUCUGACCUCCACAUCUCCACCCAACACCUCACAAUUACCCGGCCUCUUCAACAUCGACCCCAAGUAUGAAGAACUGAUUCGUCAGUUUGAAGCUGAAUUCGGGGACUCGGCCGCAGACGCACCUUCCAGCCAAGCGACGUCUACGACUGAUACGGUUUCUCAGAUAAGAAACCAAUCCCAGUCCAGUGGUCUGGACCCUAGUGUCAUAACAUCAUCUGCUACCAAGAAUGCUCCGUUCAUCCACAACCCUGAGUCCUGCUCCACGGAGCCUCAUGGGAAUAGUCAAGUGAUGGAUGAUAAACCUGAAGCGCAGAGGGAACUAACCUCAAACCAAACAUCCACAGAGAGUCCAACGCAGGACCAGAUGGACCUGGUCCAACAGCAGCAGCAGCAAAGUCAAAUAAACGAUACAUUCAGCAUACCAUGUUCACCCUUGCCGAAACGGAUGAAAAUCGAAACCACGGGCGAUGUAGCUAUACUUUCCACGACUUGCUACUCUGAGGAGGACACACCCACCAAGAACGGCCUGCCUUGUUCUCCAUCUUUGAAAGGGUUCUUAGAGUCUCCUCUGCACUAUCUAGACACCCCUACAAAGAGCUUGCUGGAUACUCCAUCGAAAGACCUACAAGCAGAGUUCCCCACUUGUACCUGUGUGGAACAAAUCCUGGAGAAAGAUGAGGGACCUUACUACAAUCACUUGGGAUCAGGACCAACUGUGGCCUCCAUAAGAGACCUGAUGGAAACACGGUAUGGAGAGAAAGGAGAGGCGGUCCGGAUAGAAAAAGUGGUGUACACAGGAAGAGAAGGAAAGAGCUCAAGAGGAUGCCCCAUUGCUAAAUGGGUGAUUCGCCGUUCCGAUGAGAAAGAGAAGUUGCUGUGUCUGGUCCGUCAUCGUGCCGGCCACCACUGUGCCAACGCUGUCAUCAUCAUCCUCAUCAUGGCAUGGGAAGGCGUCCCAAAGCCUCUCGCUGAUAAACUGUACCGAGAGCUCAGCGACACGCUCACCAAAUAUGGCAACCCCACUAGUAGACGCUGUGGCCUCAAUGAUGAUCGAACUUGCGCAUGUCAAGGCAAGGACCCUGACACUUGCGGUGCUUCGUUCUCCUUUGGCUGUUCCUGGAGUAUGUACUUCAAUGGUUGCAAAUACGCACGGAGUAAAAUACCACGCAAGUUCCGGCUACAAGGAGAGCACCCUGAAGAGGAAGACAAACUCAGGAAUAACUUCCAGCAUCUGGCAACCGAGGUGGCUCCAUUGUACAAGAAGCUGGCCCCUCAGGCCUACAGCAACCAGUGUCAAUCAGAAUAUAAGGCCCAAGACUGCAGACUGGGUUUGAAAGAGGGAAGACCAUUUGCAGGAGUCACUGCUUGCAUGGACUUCUGUGCCCAUGCCCAUAAGGACCAGCACAACCUUUACAAUGGCUGUACAGUGGUGUGCACUUUGACCAAGGAGGACAACCGUGCGGUUGGCGAGAUCCCUCAGGACGAACAGCUCCAUGUGUUACCUCUCUACAAGCUCUCCACCACCGACGAAUUUGGCAGCGAGGAAGGCCAGCGUCUCAAGAUGCAAACAGGAGGCGUUCAGGUGCUUCAGGCUUUCCGCCGAGAAGUCCGAAAGUUGCCUGAACCAGCCAAGUCGUGUCGACAACGCCGUCUCGAUGCUAAGAAGGCCGCAUCAGAAAAGAAGAAAAAUAAACUCCAGCAGCAGGCAGGAGAAACACCGGAGAAGACAGUUGUUAAAACCGAAGUGUGCAUCAGUGAGUCCCCGCAACACCAAGGCAAUAAAGCAAUUAUAAAACAAGAAGUUCAGCCCAACAUCAAGAAGGAACCCUUCAUCGGAUCAAUGGAUGGAUACUCUUUGCAAGCAGCCAGUGCAAUCAAGACCAUGUACCCGCAUCCGGCCUACUAUGCAAGGGGAGGCCUCCCCAAACCUGGCCAUCCCUCUGCAGCAGACCCAGUAAACGGCUACAACCACAACCUGCCCACAUCGCACUACGGUCUCUACAACUACGCCCCCAAUGCACUUUUCCCCCCUAAAAUGAGGACCUACGAGGCUCGCAAAGAGUCUUUGUCCAAUCCCGGCACUAAGGAUAUCCAAGCGGACAAGAAGCCUGAUAUUCACAGUCUUCAAGCAAGACUAGCUCAUUCCUACCCGGGUCAUUCAGAACCAAUCAACCAAAUCAACACCCAGUCAUCAGACUACAACCAACCACGCCCUUCUUCGGUUUCUUCCGAGUCCUCCAACAGAGCAACUCCGGUCAUCAAGCAGGAGCCGAUGGAUAUGCCGGUCUGUGAGGACCCAGGAUUGGUGCACCAGGCUGGUGCAAACACACCUAGCAACACCCCGCACCCUGCUACCUGGCCCGGAAACAGGUUCAACGGAGGUAUUGUUCCUGAGAAUUGGGACUAUCAGAAUUGUCGACAAAGUCCAGAACCGUCAUUAGCUAACGUAGACAAGCAGAAGUUUCACCAGCAUUCCCAGCAACACGGUUCUUCUUACCCACAACCGUGGACAUCCUUCCCCGGUGGAAAUACACUCAUGGCAUCCCCUGCUUCAUCGCCAGUGCCUCAGGUACCUCCGUCCCAGUCGCCUCAUUUAGGCAUUCACAGAGGAUCUCCUUGCCCAUCCACUCCUCGUCCAAGCACCCCUCAUCCGGGUACACCUCAGCCUGGUAUCACUCCCCCAUUGUCUCUUACACACCCUGGGAAUUCUCACUCCCGUUCACUGACACCCCAUUCUGCCACUCCCAGGCAGUGGCUCAGCCCCGCCCCGAGUCCCCAGCCAAAUUCUUGGCCGAUGGGCCACGCAGCAUACAGCCCCGGUUUGAAGCACAGCAACCCCGCGGGCGCCUACCCCGAUAAGAUGUGGUGCAAAACCGGCGAAAGUCGCUGUUCGACUCCUCUCGGGGUUCAAGAGAAAGCCUGGAAGUCAUGCGGCGGUUCCGUCGCAGGCAAUACUCCAUCCCCCGCCCCCGAGGGACGCCUCUUCCCCGAUGCGCUGCAGCAAUCAGAUCAAUCCGGCUGGGGCCAAGCGGAAUGCGACGCCGGGAGCACCAAGGGGCGUGACGACGACGAGGAAGAAGUGUGGUCCGACAGCGAGCACAACUUCCUCGAUCCUAACAUCGGCGGUGUCGCCGUGGCGCCGGCUCACGGGUCCAUUCUAAUCGAAUGCGCACGUCGGGAACUCCAUGCUACCACUCCGCUGAAAAAACCCGAUCGCUCCCACCCAACUCGUAUCUCUCUGGUCUUCUAUCAGCACAAAAACCUCCAACAGCCCAUGCAUGGAUUAGCUGUUUGGGAGGCCAAAAUGAAGCUCCUGGCAGAGCGGGCGCUUCAGAGGCAACAGGAAGCAGCGCUUCUCGGCCUCUCGCAGGAAGAAAUCAAAGCGCUUAGCAAGAAACGCAAAUGGGGGGCCGCCGCCGCAACGGGGGCCGCGCUCGGUGCUGGACAAUCUAAAGACAAAAGAGACGGGCCCGUUACGCGGUUGGCACCCAGUUUCCACACGACCUCGAUGGUUACCGCAUCUCCCUAUGCCUUCACGCACCUCACCGGGCCAUACAGCUACUUCGUGUGACGUCAGCCACCAACGGAUCAAUGAGGGAAGAUGUCUGCCAUCUUCUCCGUCAUGCCCCCCCCUCUGCUGUCCACUUAGAGGUGGGGACAUUUUUAUUGCUAUUAUUAUUAUUUUUUUUUUUUUUUUACCUCAUGUCAGGCAGUGUUUGGCCUUUAGACACACUGCUUGUGGUGCUCUGCCUCUCUUUUCCCAAGAGAGGAACUCCAUUGUUUUUUUUUCUUGUUUAUAGAAUUCUAAUGAUUCUAAAUAUUGCUAUUGUUAUUAUGAAUAUUAUUAUGAUUGCAAUUAUUACCGUCAAUGUUGUUCUUACAGGUAUUAUAAUGAAGAAUUGUUGUGAUUUUUUAUUUUUUUUUUAAAUCAUGUUAUUGUUAAUGAUUUAAUUUUAUUUUUGUUUUAUAUAUUUUUAAUCCGUAUGAUAUUUUUCUUUUCUGGUUAAUCUUCCAGCUGUGUUAAAAGGAGGAGUUAUUAUUAUCUGCGUGACAAGAUAUGAGUGUUUAUAUAUGAUAAUAAUUUUUUUGAAAUUUACAAAAAUAAGGACGGCACGGUGGACGAGUGGUUAGCGAGCAGAUCUCACAGCUAGGAGACCAAGGGUUCAAUUCCACUCUCUGCCAUUUCUAUGUGGAGUUUGCAUGUUCUCCCCAAGUUUUCUCCGGUUACUCCGGUUUCCUCCCACAUUCCAAAAAAACAUGCUAGGUUAAUUAGCGACUCCAAAUUGUCCAUAGGUAUGAAUGUGAGUGUGAAUGGUUGUUUGUCUAUAUGUGCCCUGUGAUUGGCUGGCGACCAGUCCAAGGGUGUACCCCGCCUCUCGCCCGAAAGACAGCUGGGAUAGGCUCCAGCACCCCCACAACCCUUGUGAGGAAAAGCGGUAGAAAACGAAUGAUUGAAUGAGUUCUCCUCCUAUGUUGUGUGGAAGUGGUAACUUUUUGGCUUCUUAUUUUCCUUCCCCACCCUCGGACAUCUCUGUGUGGAGUUUGCAUGUUCUCCCCCGUGCAUGCGUGGGUUUUCUCCGGGUACUCCGGUUUCCUCCCACAUUCCAAAAAAACAUGCUAGGUUAAUUAGCGACUCCAAAUUGUCCAUAGGUAUGAAUGUGAGUGUGAAUGCUUGUUUGUCUAUAUGUGCCCUGUGAUUGGCUGGCGACCAGUCCAAGGGUGUACCCCGCCUCUCGCCCGAAAGACAGCUGGGAUAGGCUCCAGCACCCCCACAACCCUUGUGAGGAUAAACGGUAGAAAACGAAUGAAUGAAUGAGUUCUCCUCCUAUGUUGUGUGGAAGUGGUAACUUUUUGGCUUCUUAUUUUCCUUCCCCACCCUCGGCCAUCUCUGUGUGGAGUUUGCAUGUUCUCCCCGUGCAUGCGUGGGUUUUCUCCGGGUACUCCGGUUUCCUCCCACAUUCCAAAAAAACAUGCUAGGUUAAUUAGCGACUCCAAAUUGUCCAUAGGUAUGAAUGUGAGUGUGAAUGGUUGUUUGUCUAUAUGUGCCCUGUGAUUGGCUGGCGACCAGUCCAGUGAAUGAAUGAAUGAAUUUACAAGAAUAUACAUUCAUCCAGAAUGGCGAAUAAUAUUGUGAGAUUUUUUUCAAAUUUGCACUAUUUGCAUAAUUUUUUUUUUAAUCGGAACUCCAAAUGAAAAUGACUGAAGUGUCCUACCUUUUGGGACUUGAAACUAAAACUUUUUUUUUUAAUUUAGGCACAUGCAUAUCUUGUCACUCCUUAAUGUUCUCCUCCUUUUCACCUUCUUCUGUACCCCAGCAGCUUAUGACUGGUGCUUAAACUUCCAGCUCUCCACGACUUGUCAUGGCACUUGAUGCUGUACUUUAGGUGCUCUAACUGAAAUCGAGGUUAUGUCGUAUUUUUGCUCAUCUGUGAUAAUAUUAUUGGGGUUUUUUUUGGUGUGCAAAUUCCACCUGAUCCCAGAUCUGUAACUACUACAUUCAGUAGAAUCAGGUUCCUCUGGCUUUCAGUUAGGAGUGAUCACUUUGUUGAGCCAACUCUAGAGGGCAGGCUUGUCUGCCGUUUGAAAGACCUCCUAGCACUUAGAGCGACAUCCAUUCAGGCACCAGUACAGCCUUGUUGGCCCGGUUUGGACAGGUUCACCAAAGGCGGUGCUGAUCCUGGUCCCUUUGAUGAAACUAAUCAGGACAAAGCUGAUAUUUAGAAGGUAAAAAUAUAUGGUGGGAGUGCUUUUGGGCACGGUGGUCGAGUGGACAGCUAGGAGACUGAUUCCACCCUCGUGGGUUUUCUCCGGGUACUCCGGUUUCCUCCCACAUUCCAAAAACAUGCUAGGUUAAUUAGCGACUCCAAAUUGUCCAUAGGUAUGAAUGUGAGUGUGAAUGGUUGUUUGUCUAUAUGUGCCCUGUGAUUGGCUGGCCACCAGUCCAGGGUGCAUUCUGUCACACAUUCAGUCACUGAAGGGGUGCGUCUACAGUGGCGAAAAUUGGUGAAAGCAAAAUGUUAGCAUGUGACCUCACCGAUGAUUGGGCAAAAGUUCCCACAAUCUACAACAUCCAGUCCAGGGGUGUCCAAAGUGAGGCCUGGGGGCCAUUUGCAUCACAUUUUUUUCCUUUUUUUUUUUUUUUUUUUUGGUAUGUGCCACGUUGUAAAAAUAUCAUAAAAAAUAGCAGUAAUUUUACAAGAAUAAAGUCAAAAUAUACAUAGAAAGUUUUUUAAUCUAAUGAGAUUUCUUUGGAAUUUUAUGAGAAUAAUGUCAUAAUGUUAUGAGGAAAAUAAUGUACCAUAGUUAAAAAAAUAUUUUUUUGUAAUAACAAAAAAAUAAGUUGUUUUUUUUUGGGGGGGGGGGGGAUUAGGUUGGACAAAAAGUUAUGCUAUUAUGAAAAAAAUGAAGAAAAUUAGGAAGACAAUUUACAAGAAGAAAGCUGAAAUAGUUGAGAAAUUGAAUUAUACAAGAAUAAAGGCAAAAAUAUUAAGUAAAAAAAAGUGAACAUUUCAGGAAAAUAAUGUACAAUAGUUAAAAAAAUAUGUUUUUUUGUGGAAAUUUUGUAAUAACAAAAAAUAAAGUUUGUUUUUUUGGGGGUAAAAUUAGGUUGGACAAAAAGUUAUACUAUUAUAACUUCAAAAUGAAGAAAUUUAGGAAGACAAUUUACAAGAAGAAAGCUGAAAUAGUUAUAAAGGCAAACAUAUUAAGUAAAAAAAAAAGUGAAAAUUUCACGAGAAUAGACUUGUAAAAACAUGCUAGGUUAAUUAGCGACUCCAAAUUGUCCAUAGGUAUGAAUGUGAGUGUGAAUGGUUGUUUGUCUAUAUAUGCCCUGUGAUUGGCUGGCCACCAGUCUAAGGGUGUACCCCGCCUCUUGCCCGAAGACAGCUGGGAUAGGCUCCAGCACCCCCUGCGACCCAAAACAGCGAUAAGCGGCAUAGAAAAUGGAUGGAUGGAGUGCUUUUGGGUCAUUCUGCAUACACUGUGGUGCUCUCCUUAUACACUUGAUUUCCUGCGAAGGCCCAUCCUGUCGUCUGCAUGGUGCUGUCAUCUUCAAGCAGAGCACGGUGGGUUCUUCUGCAGGCACCUUGCAAACACAUAACCAGCCAACACUAGAACUGGUUCCUUCUUAGACUACCAAGUCAGGUUCCCAUUUCCGGUGCUUUUCAUAGGAACACUUCUGUACCAAGUGGAUGAGAAGUUUGGCUUCUGGGAGUUGGUAACGAAUGCAUGUGAGCCAAAGAACGAGACAUUGUGGGUUGUGGAUGUCUCAUAAUUUCCAUUUAAAAUGAACGAAAAAAAAUAAUAAUAAUGGGGUGUAUCGUUGAAUUUGGUUAGAUGCACACUGACUCCCAGUCGCCGAGUCGUUUAAUGCGUCACGACACUGUUUCAUCCGUGAAAAUAACUUCUCCAGCUCUCUACCUCACGCUUUGUAGAGACACUGGUCACGAUCACAACAUGCUAACGAGGGCCGAGAAUCAUGCAUGUCCUUUUUUGUGUCAUCUCCACUUUGACUUGUGUGUGUGUUUUGUUUUUUUUUUUACGUUUAUUUAUUACCGGUGAUGAUAAUGAUUGUCCUUAUUUCUUCAUCUUUUGAUAUACCUAAUACAAAUUGUACAUAGAGAAGAACAGAUUUAUAAAAGCACUUUUAAACUUGAUUUUAAAUGACGAAAAGAAAAGAAAAAAAAAGACGAUUAUUGACAACUUGAAGGCUAGUUUUUUUGUUUUUUUUUAUUUUCUGAAGAGAGAGAUAAAAAUGUAAAUAGUAAAAUAUUUAGGUAAGACUAUUUAACUGGUGAGGAUAGUGUGUACAUCUUGAAAAGCAUAGGGGGGGGUGGGGGUAUUUUGACAGCAGUACACUUGUGUUUUUUUUGUGUGUACACGUGUGCUUAGUUAAAACAUUUGUUCUACUCUCACAAGUACUGUAACUGUAUUCUAAGUCGGCAUGUAACUAGGAAGAAAGUCGCUCAAAACGAGUUGAAAAACGUCCAAUUACACAAAACUGGAGGUUCUGCAAACCUCAAAGCUGCAAAAAAAAUAAAAGCGGUCCAAUUCCAUGCCUGUUGAAUAUUUCAUGUUUAAAGCUCGCUUGUGUUAAAUCUUACUUAUGGGUGCUUUAUAUAUUUCAUUGACAUUUUAAGCCAGGGGUGUCCAAAGUGUGGCCCUUGGCUUGUUUCAGCACAUUCUGAAAAUCAGUAAUCAUCAAAAAAAAAAGCAAAUAUUUUAAACAGUUGAUAGUAAUGCCCUUUUUUUCAAUAUAUAUUUAUUUUAUCGAUUUUCUUCAGUAUCCGGCCUUUCCUGCUCAGCUGAGUCUAAUACCUAUAAGCCAGGUCCGGGGGCUAUUUGCGGUCCCCUGCUUGUUUUUGUUUUUUUUGGCCCGCGGCACAGAUUAACAUCAGUGGCCGCUGGGGGAAAAAAAACGUAAUAAGAGCAACUUGAUACUAAUAUCAACAAUAUAUUUCUUAGCAUAUCUGUGUUGGAUUGAUUUAAACCAAAAAAAAUGAAAAUUAAUCAUGAAAAUUAAUGCAUUGAUUUUUCAAUAUGCGGCACAGUGGUAUAGUGGUUAGCGCGCAGACCUCACAACUAGGAGACCAGGGUUCAAUUCCACCCUCGGCCAUCUCUGUGUGGAGUUUGCAUGUUCUCCCCGUGCAUGCGUGGGUUUCUUCCCACAUUCCAAAAAACAUGCUAGGUUAAUUAGCGACUCCAAAUUGUCCAUAGGUAUGAAUGUGAGUGUGAAUGGUUGUUUGUCUAUGUGUGCCCUGUGAUUGGCUGGCGACCAGUCCAGGGGUGUACCCCGCCUCUCGCCCGAAGACAGCUGGGAUAGGCUCCAGCACCAAAAUGAAUGAAUGAUUUUUCAGUAUGCGGCCUUCCAUUGAAAAUGUUUGCUAGUUUGAUACCAUUAAGCCAAUGAUGUCUAAAAUGCAGCCCGUGGAAGCCUGUUUUCUUUUAAUUACAACUAAAUAAAAGCAAUAACGGCGGGAAUAAAGUAAAAAUAUUGAUAAUAAUAUGCAUAGUCGCUAUUAUAUUUCUUAACAUACAUACAUUGUAUUGAUUUUAACUCAGAAAUUCAGAAUAAUUUGAUUUUUCAGUGUGUGGAAAAAAAGUUUGGACACCCUUGCUGCUCAGUUCAUUGAGUAAUUAUGUAUGAACUGCAGGUGAAUAUUGUUUUGUUUUUUUUUGAAUAUUUCCUGUCGGAUGUCAUUUAUGAAAAAAAUUGAAGCGAGUGACCCACGACUAAUCCACUUCACACACGCGCUUGGUGCUUUUUAACGUCAUGUUUUUUUUUUUUUACAUGUUCAUUCUAAAUUUGCUGAAAAACCCCGAAACCUUUUAGAGAGUCGGUGCUAUCAUAAAAAAAAAUGCUUAAAUUCACUGUGUCAAUUAUUCGGAUAGCCAAGGUUGUUUUAUUAUUAUUAUUAUUAUUUUUUUUUUUUUUUUUUUUUUUUUACACUUUUGAUGGAAGUGUUUUCACAAAGUCACAAUGUUUCCUGGUGCUGACUUUAACAUGUAUCUUAGUAAAACACUGCACAUAUUGUUCUACGGCAUGGGGGGGGGGGCAAUCAUUUUUAUUAUUAAUCAUUCCAUAUUGUACUUGAACUCAACUUUCAACUUGGAUGAGAAGUAAUAUAUUAUGUGAAGACUGUUUUCUGGUUUAUAUGUUUUGGUACGUCACAAGUACCUUUUCCAAACGACCCUUUUAGGAUGUUGUAAAUGUUCAUGUGAAGAAUGCGAAAAUAUUUCAACAAGAAUAGCGAUUAUGUACUUCAUCUCCCCCUUUUGUGUAUUUUGUCUGUUGUGGAAACACACACCCACACACAAAUAUAUAGAUAGAUGUUUGCAUCACACGUGCAUGGCCUACUUUUAGAAAAAUCCAACGUUAUUUUUUAAUAAUAAAACAUUUAGGUUUAUAUUGGAAAAGUGACCCUGGCUCAUCCAAAAAAAAAUUAUAAAUAAAAAAAAGUCUACCUACAUAACUGGCAGCUACAUUCCUUUGUGAGUUUUGAGAUUGUUCUUGUUUCUUUUUCAUGUCAAGGAUGCAGUAUGUAAAAAAAAAAAAAAAAAGUUUUGUUCUCUCUCUCUUUGUAGCUGUAUGGUGUAUCAUGUGAAUACAUAGUGUAUGUGGUAAGAAUACCACGCUAUUGUUUUAUGUUGCCUAUAAAUAAAACAUUGAAGUGACACAUUUUGGGCUACGCAUCUUUAUUGCCUCUUCAAAGACGCUGAACAUCCCAUCUUUUGGGAAACUACUACACUAAAAGUGAACUUUUUUGGAAAGUGUGUGUCCCAUUACAUUUCAGAAAAAGAACAUCAUACCAACAGUAAAAUAUGGUGGUGGUAGUGUGAUGUCUGGGGUUGUUUUGUUGCUUCAAGACCUGGAAAACUUCUGUUGUCUAACAAAAAAUCCUGAAGGAGAAUGUCGGGCCAUCUUUCCGUGACCUCAAGCU